AGGUUUGCAUUCGACUGGAUUGAUACUACUUAAAAGAAAAUUAAGAUGGACAGAACAACUUAAUUCAAAAGGACUUGCCACGAGGUGCUAAAGCCUUGUUUCAUUGAUUUGGAGAGACUGGACCUAAAUGGCGCAGCAUGACUUUGCUCCAGCCUGGCUUAAUUUUCCUACUCCGCCAUCGUCAACAAAGUCAUCGUUGAACUUUGAGAAGCAUUCUGAAAAUUUUUCGUGGACAGAGAAUCGUUAUGAAGCAAAUCGCAGAAGGCACAACUCUUCUGAUGGGUUUGAUCCUAACACUGGACGACCUAAUGGAGGGCAUUUUGGGAGAAAAGAGAAGAAUGGUUGGCGUUCACAAGGCAGAAAUGGUACAGAAAAUAUAAACCACCGUGGAGGAUACCAUGGCGGAGGUUCCCGCUCUCGUACCAGCACUUUCCACUGUGGAAAAAGCCAGGGACUGCAUGAAAACAAUGUACCUGAUAAUGAUCCUGGGAAAAAGGAAGACAAGGAAGUACCCAAACAAUUUGAGGCUGAGGAUUUUCCAUCUUUGAAUCCUGAAUAUGAGAGGGAGCCAAACCAGAAUAAAUCUUUAGCAGCAGGUGUGUGGGAGUAUCCUUUGAACCCUAAAUCCAGAUCUCCAAGAAUGCUUGUCAUUAAAAAGGGCAGUACAAAAGAACUGCAGAUAUCUGGAUUCCCUGUAGUAGGAAGUCUUCAUUCACAGCCAGUAAAAAAUGGUACUGGCACAAGUGUUUAUAAAGGAUUAGUCCCUAAACCUGCCACUCCAUCUGCAAAGCAUACACAGUGGAAAAGCCAAGCAAAAGAAAAUAAACUUGUAAAUCCAUUUCCUCACGAAUCUUCAUAUGGUAGUGGCAAUUUCAGUCCUUUCAAAUCAACUGCCAAGGCAUUUCCUGUGUCCCAGAACGUAGUGAGAGAGUGUAAUCGGUCAAAUUCUUCAUCCCCUGUUGACAAAGUUGGUCAGCCUCGUUUAACAAAAUUGACAAGAAUGCGGACUGAUAAGAAGAGUGAAUUUUUGAAAGCACUGAAACGAGAGAGAGUGGAAGAAGAACAUGAGGAUGAGAAUGCUGAGCAAGAGAAGGAUGGUGACUCCCUUAACUUGCAUAACAGCAACAGUACUCAUCAUGAGAGAGAUAUAAACCGAAACUUUGAAAAUGAAAUUCCACAAGAGAAUGGCAAUGCUUCAAUUACAUCUCAACAGGUCAUUCGAUCUUCAGCUUUUCCUCAGGCAAAUAUUCUUUCAAGCUCGCUUGAGGCAGAGCAUAGGUUGUUAAAGGAAAUGGGCUGGCAGGAAGAUAGUGAAAAUGAUGAAAUAUAUGCUCCACUGACAGAAGACGAGAUGAGGGAGUUCCAAGUCAUUAGUGAACAGUUACGAAAAAAUGGUCUACGGAAAAAUGGCAUUUUGAAAAACGGCCUCAUCUGUAAUUUUAAAUUUAGCCCCUGGAAAAACAGCACUUUCAAACCUGCUCUGGAAAAUGAAGAUUCUGAGACAAGCAGCAGUGAUACAUCAGAUGAUGAUGAUGUAUGAAGAUUUCUGUAACAUCUCUAGAAACUUGUUUUGAUACUAAGAAAAUAUGGGGAUGUAUUGUCCAAAAAAAAAAAAAUUAAUAUAUGUAGUAACAUGCCCUGCUAGAGGAAGAAUGAUGGAACUGCACUCUGAAGAAAGCAAAGAAUGUUGUGUUGGGUGUGUUGAAUAUGACUAUAAUUUCUUUGUAAACGAAUGCUGUAGAACAAGGACUUGGGUUGACCCAGCAUUGACUGUCUUCAUCGCUGCAGCAUUUUUGACUAGCAAUGUGACAAUGUAACAAUUCAGACUUUCUCAUUUAAUAAUAAAAGCAAGAAUAAUUGUGUAA